AACCAGAGUUUUUGGCCGUAACAAAGCGAAGGGAGCCGAAUAAUAGUAAUGUCGAACAACGAUCUCAACUUUGACGAAUUAGAGUAUGAUCCCACUGCUUUUGACGACAUAAAUCCCAACGAACUCGAUGCUGACGAGUUGGAAGCUGAACUUGCACGAGAGGAAGCUGCUCUACUUGGCGAGCAAGCUAAUGCCACCGAAGACAAAUCAGACGUGCCUCCAGCUGUCGAGGCAGACGCGAGCGUAACUGCUACUACUGAGCUGGAGGAACAGACGUAUGAAAAGCCGUCUAAGAAGGAACCAUCUAAUACAUCAACCCAAGCACAAACCGCGAAAGAAGCGGCAAACAAUGACAGCACAUCAAACACUUAUGUCAGUAAUCCUGGAUACCAUCGAAACAAUAGAAGAAACAACCAUAGACCAAUGAAUGCUCCUCACGCGAUGGGGCAUGUAAUGAAUUAUCCAGUAAUGGGUGGUGGUGGUAUGAUGACACCACCGAUGAUGGGAAUGGGAAUGCCAUUUCCAAAUGCAAUGAUGGGCGGCUUCCCUGGCGCACCGGGAAUGAUGAACUAUUCCGGAACCAUCCACAUCAAUCCCAAGUUUGCAGGCAAUGUACAAGUGCAACAGGAGAUGUUAAGGAUGCAACAGCAGCAACAAUGGCAGCAACAACAGCAAGCCAUGGCAUUUCAGCAAGCAGGCGCAAUGAGGAUGCCGUUUUACAACAACACUCCUGGAAACAGAAAUACCCCAAGGCCAUUCGCAGGAGGGCAACAAUCUAACAAGGAGGAAUCUACGACUAUACAUGAUGCAGGCGUCAAGGCUGGACGGGAGCGAAAUAUACCCUAUGGAAGUACCAAGCGUCGACCAUCCCAGGACCAUGUGGUUGACAAAAAGCGACUCCAGGUUGAUGCAUCUAAAAGUGCAACAGGGCAGCAAGGUAUCUCCAUAAAAGGGGUUUCCAAAUCUGCUGAUGUGGUGACCAACUCCAGCGAUUUAGCCCAAGCUCCUACGCUAGAGCAUCCGGCAGUGGUUGGAGGAAAAUCAUCAAGACUUGUCAUUGGAAACUUGGCGGCAGAUGUACCCGAAACUGAACUUCAUCGCCUUGGUAAAGUGGUUCCCGGAGGAAUCAAAGAGCUUCAGGUAGACCGCCCUGCUGGCAAGGCAACCCUCUCAUUUCAAACCAUUGAUGCAGCAGUUACUUUCCGGCGAAAAUAUAAUAGGACUUUGGUGGGUGGUCAACAUAUCACAGUCUCGUUUACGUGAUAGCAUUUUUAUUUUUUGGCAUUUACAUAAAGGCAAAGACACAUUUUCAUCGUAGUGGUGGUAUCCUUGUUGAAUGGAAUAGAUGGAUUUCGGCUCAAUGGUUGUAUCAGACGCAACAUUGCUAUGAUAGGCGACCAUGGUUAGCCUUUCGUUAUUUAGGGCAUUGGGCAUUG